CGCAGUCAUCCGACUUUUUCCAUCUCCCUUCUUCCUCGUCUUCUUCUUUCCUUGCAACAGGGAGAAUAUCAUCCACUACCCUCUUUCUGUCCCAGCCGCCGCCUGGGAUAUCUACACGUUCCUUCACCCACCCCUCCGCCGUCAUCACCGCGUCCUCAUUCGCCAUCCCUCUUCCCCUGUCUAAGUCAUCCGCCAGCACGUAACCACCAUGGAGCCGGUACUCCUUCCAACUGGCCCCAAGUCCCACUCGGCACCUGUAUCCAGGUCGGAAAAGAUCUCGGAUGGCACUGCUACUCCAGGGUUCGCGUCUUCCACUUCGUCUCCUGCGCUGAGCUCUGCCGAUCCUUCCGACUUCGACGGUCCCACACAAGGUCAGCAUGAUGAAUCUGGGGACUAUGCUCCGGACUUUUUGUGGAUGACGACGGAGGAACCGCACCGUUCAAGACGGAUCGCGAUUCUCAAAGCCCACCCCGAGGUCCGUAAACUCAUGGGGCCUACUUGGGUCACUGUCCCUCUCGUUUUCCUUGUUCUCGGCACCCAACUUGCCCUCUCUGUCUACCUCAGUAGAUUCCCUACCAUCUCUCUCCCUGUCCUCCUCACAGCCUACGUUGUGGGUGGUGCUGCCAACCAAAACAUCUUCCUCGCCAUUCACGAAAUCACCCACAACCUUGCGUUAAAGUCUAUCAAGGCCAACAAAUGCCUUGCGAUCAUCGCCAACCUGACGAUUGGUGUUCCCUACGCCAUGGCGUUCAAGGGUUACCACAUCGAGCACCACAAGUUCUUGGGUGAGGAUGGAAUCGACACCGACCUGCCUAGUCGCUUUGAGGCUAUAGUGCUGAACAAUGUCGCCGGCAAGACGUUCUUUGCCACUUUCCAGCUCUUGUUCUACGCCAUCCGCCCUGGCUUCAUCCGCUCCCAGCAGUUCACCCGUUGGCACGCGUACAACAUCCUCAGCGUCGUCGCCUUUCAUCUUGCUUGGUACCAUAUAUUUGGGAUCCGUCCUUGGGUCUACCUUGUACUCAGCUCUUUCUUCGCUGGGUCUCUUCACCCUUGUGCUGCGCAUUUCAUUGCUGAACACUACCUCAUGGAGGGACCCUUGCCCGUGGGAGAGAAAGUGGAGGGUGACGAUCUCAUCAAGGGAUUGGCUCAAGAGACGACUAGCUACUAUGGGUGGCUGAACAUUCUUUGCUAUAACGUCGGCUACCACAACGAGCACCACGACUUUCCUUCUGUCCCCUGGACUCGUCUUCCCGAGCUUCGCGCCAUUGCUCACGAGUUUUACGACCCCUUGCCGGUCCACAAGUCGUGGCCUUACGUGACUUGGAAGUUUAUCACUGAUCCCAGUGUGGGCAUGUGGUGUCGAGCCAAGCGAGAGAGCAAGGGCGAGAGAUUGGACGAAAAGAUCUGGGCGCCUGGAGGUGCUGAAGGACUGAGACGAGGAAGUAGUCGGGCGCAAGGGGAGGAGGAGGAUGAAGAGGAGGAGAGGGGCUAUGCCAGUGAUAGGGAGGAGAAGAAGAAGAGAGCGUAAGGGUCGCUGGCCGAUCUUGACUCUUGAUCUGGUGGAAGGGACGCUCCCCGCCAGGUAUUCCAUACCUCCAUUGUCUCUCACGACCUCCUGCAUGCGCUGUAUGUAUCUACGACAUUCAUCUUCC